GUUUUCCACAACACUUUAUGCAGCUCGUUGGCUUCAAUAGAACUACAAAUGGGUCGCGGAUAUUUGCUUGCUUUUUUUGUUUGUGUCAAAUCAAUAUCAGUUCCGAAGAUGUUGUAAAAAAAUGAUUUACUAAAAACGUUCCAUGUGAUCGUGAUCGACUACGAGUUUGAGUUUCUUCUUUGCUUCGCUCCUACAAAGUUUUCUGCGACUUGUGCUGCAGUUCUGUGUGAUCUGACGAAAAAACACCGCGACUCCAGUAGCGGACCAGAGGCGGACACUUGGUUUGGAGUGCUACUGCCAAGCGUAUUUUUAUUGCUUUUUUCACAGAAACAGCACGAGUAUUUGUGUCAUUAACUAUAACUUUAUUCAUAUUGAACCGACGCCGGACGAGCAUAGAACGGUGAUUUUCUUUCGCAUCUUCAAUUUCGAAAACGAUCUUUCAGGUUCUUGGCAAAGAGGGACCGGCUGCAGUGCUGUUUCAUCAAGCGCUUGUGUCGACGUCCUCGUGAUAUCGUACCUACUUUACAGAACUGGUUGGAGUGAAGGUAGAAUUGGCCUGUAGUUCCCGCACAGGCGCCUUCUACCUCGACUAUGGUGCCCGAUACUGGAGAGCUCCCGGGACUUCUUCACCAAGUGGCUCCGCCACCGCCUCCUUUGGAGGAUGAAUUCUUUCCGAGCCACGUGAUCUGUCACCAGGACGUUUCCAACAACAAACGGCCCAAAGCCUCUUGGAACACGUGCUGGGAUUUUGUCAAGAAAGGCUGGUGUCCGCGCGGAGCGAAAUGUCCCUGGGAACACGUCGCCUCCCCGGAUGCAGACCAAGUGGACGUUGCUGAAAACGAUGGCGGUGGGGUCGGCGCUGGCGGGGGGCCCACGACCGGCGGAAAGGCCGUGCGCAAGGGAGCUAAAGCUGCCGGUAAAGGAGGGGCGAAGAUGUUGGGGGGAUGUCAGAAGGGUAAAGCGAUGAAACCUUCUGGUGACCCAGCGAUGUUGUUCGGUCAUAAUACUAAAAAUUACAGCGGCCCUUUCAGCACCGCAUUGGACGAGCAGCCGAACAUAUUGCUGCCGCACAAGAACGCAUCUUCAGGGAAAGGCAAGGGCGCCGGGCCUUUUGUGGUGACGACACCCAGUUACUGUUCUCCCGACGCUUGUUACGCAAAGGGCCCCUCGCCUGCGUUUUACGACUCCAAAUCGUUGUGGAGCUCUCGAUUUGGUGACUCCGGUUGGAAAGCGAAGCAGCCGCAGAAGGGUAAAGGCGGUAAAGUCUGGAACGGAAGUUACGGUAUAAUACCACUCGAAGAUUUCGUUCAAUGACGUAGUUCUUGACGUGUAUCUGUUGCUCUUACUUUGUUUUACCCACCGCUACAUACUGUGGCGGGAGAAGUGUGAAAUCCAGAGCAUGAUUGAAGUUUCCACAUUCACUCUUGCUACAUGUGUCUCGAGAUAGAACUCGCAGUAGUGCAAAGUCGUGUAGUGAAACAAAACAGGUCGUUACCGUUCGAAGUCUUUUUCCGGACGGAAAGGCGAAAAUGGGAAGUGGAGCAUUCGGGAGUACGAUCAUGGUGCUUCGGCUCAGCGUAGCAACGGCGAUGUUGAAGGCGCUGAGGCUGACCACGAGUUGGCCGUGGUUAGGCCAGUUCCGACGGGACCCAUUCCAACCGGAGACGACCUGGAGAAGAAGCGGCGAAAGCAAUCUCGUAAAGUCAAGACCAGCGCCGAAGACAAGACAAAUAAAAGGACAAAAGGUGGAAAGCGCGACGCCGCAGAGAAAGACGCGGACGAUUCAGGCGAAGAGAAAGUUCGUGGCGCUUCUGCGGAGACGCGCGGCGACCACCAAAAGAAGAAGAAGAAAAAAUCAACCGCUGGGUUCCCACCAAGUAGAAGCGACGCAUCAACAUCGCAAGAUCCGGAGGAGGAACACCCUCUGACCAGCAAGUCGACCACUAAGCAAGGAUCGGCGUCCGAUGUCACGGCUGGGAGCAGCACGAAGCCGGUUGUUUCGGUGACGGCAGCGGCAUCCGGCGUGCAGGACGAGGAAUUAGGGGCCAGCAAGCUAUUGGCUUCUGCAAAGCGGGGAAAGUCCAAGUCUAAAGCGAAGAAAACGCUCGACCAAAAUAACCAACAGAUGAAACGUUCAUUGUCGGAGAAGCGUGAGCGGAAAACGAAAAUCGCGUCCACUCCAAAAAGCAAGGAAGGAAAAGAGCAAGCUAAUCUGUGUGCUGGCCCGGCGUUCUUGGAACAAAGUACUCAAGCGGCAGAGCAGAAAGACGCCAGCACGGUGACAGCGGUAGUCCCUGUCGUAGCGAACAAAGGCACGCUCGGUGGUUCACCACGACAGGGGAGAGAGUCCUCUGCUGUCCAGUCGAGUGUUGAGCAGAAGCCUCUCUCAGAGACAAAGAAAACGCUUGCCCUGGCACUGGCGUACCAGCAGAACAAACGGCCUGGAGGUGACAUGACCCUGAUUCAUCACAAAGGGGCGGCCGCUGCUCAGUAUGCACAUUACCAGCAACAGAUGAUGAAAGGAAACGGAAAGGGGGCGAGAUUCCAUCCUGGUGCCAUGAUGAUGCACCCCGGCGCGAUGAUGAUGCACCCUGGAAUGGUUCCGCCGUUUGCCGCUCCUUCACCCUACGGCUACUGGAUGCCGCCGGGUGCUUUUGCCGGGCCACCAAGCUACGGUCCGGGGCAACGAAGCCGCUUUGUGGGACCGGUUUCCGGACCGCUCGCUGGGGUGGUGGGGAAGGGCGCCGGCUCUGCGGUAGCGCCGCAAUCUCCUCCAAAUUCUACAGGUCCCAGUGCAGCAGUUUCAACUGGACCGGAAGGUUCAUCUUCUGGUUCAACUGGUGCGGAGCCGCAGCAACUCGGCUUGGUUCCCUACACUGGAGGACCUCCAUCAAAUGGAGCAGGCAACAACAACCCCAUGAUCAUGCGGGCAGGCCCCGGCGGGGCUGACGUGCAUGGUUACCCUGCAUUUUGCAGGUACGGCUACAAUCCCGCUGCUUACUACAAUUACAACGCCAGAAACUACUAUGCGCAAUUCGGAACAUCAAUGGGCUACUACCCCGCCUCACGACACAUUUCGCCGUACGCAGGCGCGGCCGCGUACCAGCACAGCCACUAUCGUGGUCUAUCGCACAGAGGUGCAGCGGCCACCUCUGGGAUCAUUCCGAGUCGGUCGCGGCUGCGCGCGGGAAGCGACAGCUGCUUGCAGGCGGGAACUGGUAUCAUGAGGUAUGAUCGUGGUCGUCGUCGUGACUCUACGGUGAGCAAAACAAGGCUGGGUAGUAAAGAACUUGUCACACUGCCGUCGCAAAUGACCAACAAGUCCACUCGUCCGCACCACCCCAUUCCCGCCCGAGUUCGGUUGGAAGCCAAGCGGCGGUUCCAACGGGACCUCGUCAGGCUACAAAGAACCGCCAUGGGUGAAAAGAGUGCAACUACGGCAAAAGCACAAGGAGGCAUGGAGGAGGACGUGAACGUGAAGGACAUUCGCACGUCGACUACCGCAGCUGCACAAGUUGCGCCUAUGACGGAUGCUGACCGAAAUGACAAGAACGCAAGUGGACCUGCAACAUCUGCCGCUUUGGAAAUCGAGCUUCCCAACAAGAUGUCGCUGGUGAUGAGUCCAAGUCGUGCGAAGGAGGCUGGUGCGGAAGAGAAGCAAAGGUCUGAGGAUGUGACUGCAUCUUUGAGUGCAGACGGCACAAGCCCCACUGCUGCUGAGAAUAUCAUGAAAACCGGCACAGAUGAUCGUAGCAAAAGUUGCGUGGGUGCUGGGGCGCGAGCGGACUCGCGGACUACACAUUUCGAUCAGCGUGCCAACGAGUUAUAUCCGACGCAACACUGGCAAUCCCGAAACCGAGGCCAAUGGUGGUACAUGAAAUAAGUAUACUAUCCGGACAACACCAGCUUGGAUGUCAUUUUACUAACUUGAUAUUGAUAGUGAUACCAGUUUCGCAUUUCCAUAUUGUUCUCUUGCUUCAGGUGAGUAUGCUGUAAGGCGUGUGUAGUUGUAUACUUAGGCUUGGUGGCAUCGUUCAUGAACUUGUUUACCUCCCAACAUCAGGCCACCGCCGCACAAUGCCGGAAUGUGGGCCCCGUAUUACGGGCACUACGAUCCGUACCGGUAUCCGCCAUCGUUCAGUUACGGCGGGAGACGGACGCGGGAGAGUUUUUCCGGAAAGCAUCUGCCGACGCACACGCAGCGAAGCGCAGCAGGGUCCACACAGGAAGGCGGAUCGGAGGUCAAUAAGACGGUCGUCGCAACCCCCGCCGCGACUGGAGAUGUAGUAGAUACGAAGCUGCAGCAGGAGCAGCAGCAGGAUCUGAGAAGUAGAAGCGUAACGCCAAAGAUGAGCAAGAAUCUCAUUGCCGAUGCCGUGGCCGCCGCUGCGGAUGACGAUGAUGUGUGUACUACCGGCGACAUCAAACCGACUGCGGCGUCAGAAAAGGAGCAGAUCAGCAUAUUGAGUGGACGAGCCGUGAAACGGAUAAGUCCUGCGGAUUCGUCGCGCACAUCAAAAAUCAUGCACGCGGGUCGCACCUGCACCUCCGAGGCGAUUCGCAAGGCGUGGCGUGCUUCGUCUCCGUCUCCAGCUGUGAAGAUUGUUCCCAACAAUGACGAUGAAGGGGCUGUUGAGACGGGCUUGAGCCUGAAUGACAACGAACCUAGCGCUUUGGGAGCCGUUAAGCAGGACCCGCUUCUGCCCUCGGCGGCCGGUUUGUUGGACUUCGGUUCUGUCGAGGUGGUCCAAGUGAAGGAGCUGUCCACUACUCCGACCAACGCUUGGUCGGGGCGAAGCAAAGUCCCCGGUGCCGCAGCGUAUUCAGCGAAAGUGAAGAGCAAUUUUGGCGCACAGAAGGAACUACAACAGGACGUAGUUUCUGCUCCAGCGCCGUCGAGAACCUUUUUCGCCGAUUCGCAGCCUGCUACCGUCGACCUGCACAACAAGGCGCGUGGUCGCGUUCUUGACAAAGAGCAGGUGGAAGAAGACCAAGAGGUGGAUGAACUACAGGACGACCGCAUGUGCAGCAAGAAUGACGUUUUUGGGUUCGAUUCACCGCCCCGCCCAAAAGAGCUGUCCACGACGCCGUCGAAGCUGCUGAGCACCCGUGCCGACUUGGACACAACCCUGGACGUGACAACGAUCAAGAAAUUGAACGACAGCACGUCGCUGUUAUCUUCGCCAGAUCUUGUGCUCGAUACGCCCACGCUGCAAGAAGACGAGGAACUGUUCGGAAAAGUGGGUGGGCGCGAAGCGGUGGGCGAUCGCGUACACAAUAAUAUUGCGGUUGAGGCAUCAAAGGCCGCCGGCGGGGUCGUCGUUGUGGAGAAAGAUCUUCAGCAAAACACUGACGUCGAGGAAUGUAGCGACGCGGGUGAAGAUCACUUGAGCACGAUGAAGCAAACCGGAGCUCCAGCGCUUCUUGCCACCGAUCAUCCGCGGUCAGGCUCUCAGCAUCGCAGUGGCCCUCGCGGCCCGGUCGUGGCACGCAUGGGAGGUAGUAGUACGAAUGGAACGUCGGCUUCAACAUCUAACGCAGCGCUGCAGCAGGCACAGCGACAGGUGGGCGGUGAACACUAUUACGGUCGAGGACCACGCGUAGGCACCUCGCACCACUACGACAUGUGGGGACAUCCACCUCCAGGCGCCUACGGGCCUAGCGAAAAUUACUUUCCGAUGCAUGCUUUCUACUACCAUCCGGCUGCCUACGACUCAUGGUAUCAUGGGUAUCACUACAACUACUACGCCUACAACCCGCACCAGUUCGCGCCAGGGUCCUUUCGUCCACCCAUGCGCGGUGACCGGCGUGCUGCGGUAACGACCGCCGCGUCGGAGCGAAACGGGGAUAACGAGUCAGGUGCAGCGGCGGGUAGUGUUUAGUUCUUUCUGGUGCCUUUAUUGCUUAUUUCACGUUGAGUUUGAGGCUGGUUCAGCGAGCUUCAAAUCGGUAGCGCUUCAUUAUCGUUUUCAAUGCGAUUUAUGCUGUCACUGGUAUCAAUGAAAAUGAAGGCGGUGCGAACACAGAAGCGCGAACCAGUGGGAGCAAAGCAACUCGUGAUUUGUAGGUACCGAGACCGCCGUUGCAAGCAGUGCAGAAAUGGAUGAACAGGUUCUGAGGGCUGAGCAAGACUCCAAGCCCGAGAAUAGUCACGAAGAGGAGUUUUCAGGUGACUUUUUUUUUUUUGCUACGCAGAGAUGGAUCGAUGGAACUAGAAUUUUUAAGUGCACUUUUUGGAAGUUUGAGUUCUUUGUUCCGCUUAAUAGACGUCCAAAGUAAAAAGUGCGGCAUUAAAAAUCACAGACAAGCGCGCUGUAAAAGACUGCGUGAACGCCGCGGUGGCCGAGGUGUUGGCGAAGGGCUCAGCUGUCUUGGAAGCGGACGACUUUGAUUUUCGGGUGAUGCGCUUUCUGUACGGCCUGUGCGCCAACCGCGGAGAGGGCAAACUCCAGGAGUGCAUGGCUUCGAUCGAAAAGGUAGUCCAGAACCGGACCCGCGCGGACGUCAGCAAUUGGUCCGCCUACCUUUCCAGUUUGUUGAAAAAGUUCGAUCCAAAUCUGUUUCCGCACUAGCUUCUUAUCCAUUGUGACAGGCGGAGGCGGUCAGGGUGAGGAAAUGUUCCCGCCAAGAUGAACAAGACUCUAAACAUGAUCUUCGUGCGGAUACGACACAAGGUUGUGAUAUUGGGUUUGAUGUUGAUGAAGAGCUUUAGGCGUGACAGCCGCAAGAUUGAUAGAAGAUAACUGGUACUGAACUGAAUAGAUUUUGUCAGAGGAUUGACAGUAAAUUCUUUCAAAGAACAAACAUGAAUCCGUCGAAUGGGAACGGUAACGAUUUCUUUCGGCGGCUUUUUUAAUUUUGCGGAGAUAGCAGCAGGGAGUUUUGCUAUUGUCGGGAUCGUCAUCUCCAGUGGAUUAUUCUACCACAGUUGGUUCGAACCUCCCCCGAUGAAGUUUCAUGUGUACCAAACCGAAAUAAUAUCGAAAAACACAAGGUGGUCGUGUCUUUCGCUUUGUUUGCUUGUCCGAGUGGCCUGAUGUUGUUUACGUUUGAUAAAGUUGCGUUUCAUUUGUUUCAUCAUUCUAGUACGAGCAGCGUAAGAUAAAAUAAACAACAACGUCGGUCUCUGGAGUUUCCUUUGAUUGUCUACUGGGAGGAGGAGGACCUGUCGUUGCAUCUAGACACUGUCACCGGCGAUACCGACAAAUUUUAGGUCUGCCACGUCUCCCAUCCUAUUUGCGAAGACAAACUAGUUGUGCAUCAUCUUUGUUGAGAGACAAUCACAACUCGUUUUUGUUUUUCGAAAGUGAAAAAGGACAAAAAUAACGUACUUACAAAUUCUAACUAUAAUUGAUUCAUUGUUUUGAUCGUUCUACAUGCUUAUUUUUGUAGAAGAAGCGAAUUAAAUUUUUUGAAUGGUUUUCUACCCGGAGGGUGGUAAGCAAACCUAAAGGCAAAGCGGCUGUGCUAUGACACCUAGAACUGGUAAACCUGGAAUUGGAAAAGGAAAAGUCUAGCAGGCCCAAAUUGUCGCUUUUCUAUUUCCACAAUUAAUAGUGACUUGCGCUUCAGUUGCACUUGCAAACUCGACGAAGCACUGCUCUGCUUUCACACACUAGGACCCCACUCCUCCUUCUUGUGAGUAGGUAUCGACUUCUCCUAGAGACAGACCAUGAUGUAGUCACAAACCUCAUUUUUUUUGGUAUGAUGUUGUAUCCGCACGUUUAUUGCUUGAACUUCUGGUUACCGAUGAUCAGUGAUGUGUCGUGGCCUACGUACUCAGCCAAAUUAUUGGAGCUUCACCUGCUAAAAGGCAAAGAAUUCGAAGGAUACUAUAACUGUUUUAAAAAGUACGCCAACAAGCAAAAGGAU